AUGGCGGUGAUUUUGCGUUAUGUGGACAACAAAAAUCAAGUAAUUGAAAGGUUCAUGGGAGUCCAAUAUGUUAUCGAAACAACUUCAAGUAAACUAAAGGAGUCCAUUGAUGAGUUCUUGAAACUACAUGAUUUGAGCUACUCCAACCUACGAGGUCAAGGUUAUGAUGGCACAAGUAAUAUGAGAGCUCUUGUUGCCUUAGCAAAGAAAAACUUCGAUAUUGGCGCUUUUUUCACAAUGACUAAUAGUUUGGUGAAUGUUGUUGGAUGCUCAUGUAAGCGUCGUGAUGCACUUAGAGAUAAACAACAAGAAAAUCUUAUGAAAGCUAUUGAAAAUGAUUGUCUUGAAACAGGGCAAGGGUUAAAUCAAGAAAUUAGUCUCAAACGUGCUGGGGAUACACGGUGGAAUUCACAUUAUGAUGCUUUGAUUAGUUUGAUUACAACAUUCUCAUCUGUGGUGGAUGUGUUUGACAUGAUUGUUGAAGAUUGCUACAAUGAUAGUGAUGAAUUAGAUGAUUGCUUCGCUGAAGGUAAUACCGAAUUGCUUAUUUGCUUGGCAUGUUUGAGUCCGAAUGAUUCAUUUGUAGCUUUUGAUAAAGAGAAGCUUGUUUUCCUUGCUCAAAUGUAUCCUAAAGAUUUCACAGAUCAAGAUAGAUGGGCACUUCAAGAUCAACUUGAUAUUUACAUUCAUUUUGUGUGUUCUGAUAAUGAUUUUUCUCAAUUGCGGGGGAUUAAUGAGCUUGCUAAGAAAAUGGUGGAGAAAGGGUUGCAUCGAACAUUUGCAUAUGUAUAUUUGCUUGUUUAG